CUCCACAGCAGAUUAUUCAUCAUGUUCUUCCGGGUCAUUCACUUAAAUUCCUUCUCGCGGCAAAAAUGUUGGAUGUGGGUGGUGGUGGUGGUGGUGUCUCGUUACUCGUGGGAAACGACCAGGCCAACUCUUGCGGCGCGGAUGGGGGAGACGGUGUUGUUUUUUCGAAGAAGGGUGAAUGAGUGAGUGAGUGAGUGAGUGAAGCCAAGCAAAGCUUCUCAUGAGAUUCGUGAAUUCAUGGAGUGGGUAGAUAAAUUCCCCCUGGACAUUCUCUUGCAAGGAAUCUUACGUGAAUCGUAAUUUGGGUUUAGAUUUUUGCUUUUUUCGGAAGGGGAGGUUAGCAAAAGCCCUUCGAGUUGUCGGGGGCAGAGUUUAGACGACCGUGGUGUUGUGGGCGAGGGAGAGGCAGAGGAUACGCGGGAACUGGAAAACUCUCAUUUCAGUUCCACACUGCAAGCAGUUUUUGUCCUUGGUGGGGGUCCAGAUGUGCAACUUUGAUAGCUACUAUUUACAGUAAACUUGCUGGAUGGCAACAAUGGAAUAAAUUGAUUUCUAACUUUACUGCAGUGUGCCGGAAGCCAUCGGCUAGCUAUUUAUUGGGCAAGCUUAGCUUGUAAUCCCCAGUAGGCGAGGAUGGAAUCCACUGAAGUUAUACAAGAUACCAGCGCAUUGCACGAGACUUGUGCUCCUGAUUCAGCAGUGGCUGAAGGGAGAGAAGGUCUGGAUGCAAAAGCAAAAGAGGUUGGUGUAGGUUUGCAAGCAAGGUCAAAGGAAGCUGGCCAUUGUAGCAUGGUGGAAGAUGGUGCAAUAAUUCAAAUAGGAGGUGGCGUCACUGUACAGCCGGUGAUCCAACCCCAUAAAUGUACGGAUGCAACACCGCAUGAAGUGGUCGAAGAGGGUUGUGCAGCACCGAUAGACUUCUUACAGACUCCCACUGGCCGUGAGAUUGAGCAUUCGUCAGAUAGUGUUUCCAAUGCCAAGUUUACUUUCAGACCUAACCAGGGUAGCACAUCAUCUGACCUUCAGAGGGAAAGGAAGCCGAGAAAAGCCGAGUCCAGCGUGAGAGUGCCCGACAUUCGAACACCAAUUUCUCAACCGUUAACACCUUACGACAAUUUUGCUGAUCAGAGCUUAGAAGACAACGAAAAUAGAUCCAGCACCAAGAAGCUGUCAAAACAGAUAACACCAGUUGCGUCAUUAGUGUAUGAGGACAAUGAUCCUUCCACAACAAGAAGGCAGUCUCAAAGGGGUGCCGAAGGAACCUUUAAUCGCCGCCUGGCCUUUACUCCUCUUCCACAAUCUGAGCUCAACAUACGAAUGGGCUGUACACCUAAUCGAACUCCUGAAAAACGCACGCCUACGAGAACCAUGGGAACCCUGGACAACUUCAUGCCGAUCCACGUAAGUCAUCCUAUACCAAUAGAAGAGGACGAAGUGACAUUUGCAACUUUGUCCCUGCAGCAGGCAGGACCUAUAACUGCUGAGGAAUUGAGAGAUGGAAGUGAUAUCGCAUCAGAGGAUGCCGACGAAACUGGUUCAAUUAUAACCUGUGACUGUUCCGACGAAGAGAACACCAUCGAGAGUGCCCUAGACAGACUUUCUGUGGAGAUCUACGGUCAUAGUGAUUUACACGAACAUCACGAUUCAGAUAAAGAGAAUAUGCCUGUACAUGAGAUGUUUUUGCCUGGACCAGGCAGUAUCACUUCAAAUUUGCCAUCAAGGUUCAAUGAACCGAGACAUUGCUCUAGAGAGCCCCUUCAGACACUAUGUAGUGCGCCAUCUCCUCCGAUGUACCAGAGUCCUCACACUUUUACUAUCCCUGCUUCUUAUCAACUACUUCGGGCGAGGUCUCAAGUGGAGUCAGGACGGCAGUGGCAGAUGGUCGCAGACACGAACUGUCUUUUGGAUGCAGAGUCUCUCAAGUCUCUGAAGCAUCUUGAAGGCAUUCACGAGACUCGCCUCAUCAUUCCAAACAUCGUUGUAAGGGAGCUGGACUACUUGCAGAAACAAGAGAGUUGGAGGGUUUGUGCGUCUGACGCCCUUCAAUGGAUUGAGGCUUGCAUGUUGAAGAUUCCCUCAUGGAUUCACGUUCAAAGCUCUGGAGAAACUGUACACGUGGGAACCACGCCUCCUUUAUCGCCCUCCAUAUAUUUUAGAGGACCUCUUUCACACGUCGGUGAAAGCGACAUGAUGCAUCCUACUCUUCAUGACUAUGUCCUCGAAUGCGCGCUAUUUCAACAAGCAAAACUAGAUGGUCGAGUUGCUAUCUUGACAGAUCAAACUACUCUUAAAAUCAAGGCUUUGGCUGAGGGCCUUGUGGUUGACACCGCAACCAGCUUUAGCGACAGCUUGCUGAACCCCUACUCCGAUCGCUUUGUUUAUGCUAGCAGCGUUCCGGUUAUUCGAGCAGCCGGCCACCCCCGAAAAAAGUCGCAUGGAUUUAGUGCGUCUGUGUCGGCCACUUCCAGCUCGAACCAGCUAGCUCCCUCUGUUUGGCCCAAGUCCUGGCCUACUUCGAAAGCCCAUUUUUUAAUCUGGCUUGAAAGCCAACCAGUUGGGCUUCUAGCUCUUCUUGCCGAGUUAGACAAAUCUGAAAGCUAUGAUUUUCAUAUCUGAGCCUCAAAAAUAUGGAAACGUGCCCUUGCUUUCAAUCCCGCUAUGGAAGGGGGUGAUUAACCUUUAUCAUCUGUAAUAUUUUGUAGCUCAACAGGUACGUUGACAGCAGUAGUAGAAUGUGUAAAAUUUUACUUAAGUUACAAUUUGUUUGGAUUUUCCAAAGGAGCUUGCAGUGUGGCUAUGCCACUAAAAACCUAUGCAUUAUGGGAGGAGGGAGAGAAACACUGUGGGUGUGCACUACCGUAGACUGCUAAGCUUCUGGGUGCCAUCAACAUUAUAUCCUUACAAUUAAAAUCGUGACUAGUUCAUGCAGAACUAGAGUUUUUACUACCAGUGACUUAUAGUAGUCACUUGAAACAAUGAGAGUGAAAUACCAGCAUUGAGUUUUGUAUAAGUUAAGUUGCUUUUUGUUAUCAAAAGAAAAUGAAUGUUUUGUUUGACCGAU